GUCUUUAUACACGCCAGAAUGGCUGGUAACACACUUCUCACCGCCGUCACGGCGUCAUUAUGCCUCUUCUCUGGUGUUUCAGCUUGGCCUUUCAACAAAAGGCAAGCUCUCAGCAUCGACGACAUUCAGAAGCAGGCCUUGACCAAUGCCAACAAGGUCUUGGAAGGUACCCUGGCCGAUGGUAUGACACGAGAAAAAUGCACCAAAGACACAGUGUCGAUCCGCAAGGAAUAUGGUGAUUUGUCAAAGGACGAAAGGCUCGAGUACAUCAGAGCAGUUAAAUGCAUUCGAAGCAAACCGAGUAAACUCCCCGCCGGAAAAUACCCUGGAGCGAAGACCCGAUACGAUGACUUCGUGGUCGUACAUAUGAACAUGACCCCUUCGGUACAUUCUACUGCCAACUUCAUGCACUGGCACAGGUACUACAUCUGGGCAUAUGAGACAGCUUUAAAAACAGAAUGCGAAUACAAGGGUGCCCAACCAUACUGGAACUGGGGCAAAUAUUCCGAUCUACCCAAAUCACCCAUCUUCAACGGAGACGAAUGGAGUAUGGGAGGGAACGGAGACUACGUAAAACACGGCGGAGGCAUGAUGGGAAUCCCCCCUGGUGAAGGUGGUGGAUGCGUCACAAAAGGGCCUUUCGGGAACUUGACGGUUACUCUAGGUCCUCUGAUGUCGACCAUGGACCCUGCGCUCGGAAUCAAGGCCAACCCACAGAGGGAUGGCUACGGCAAUAACCCACGCUGUCUCCGCCGCGACGUCAACAACCACUAUACCGUAUCGUCUUUGGUGCCCACCAACCUUGCUUCUCACAUCACGUCCAACACCGCCAUUGGAAAGUUCCAAGACACUCUCCAAAACGAUACCCCUCAGAUGUCCGCCAUCCACAGUUCAGGUCACUUCAGCAUCUGGGGGGACCCAGGAGGUGAUGUCUACGUUAGCCCAGGAGAACCAGUGUUCUGGCUCCACCACGGUCAGUUAGACAGACACUGGUGGAUGUGGCAGAACUACCUGGAGGCAGACCUCAAAUCCAGAACUAGCAUGUAUGAGGGUGGUACGAACUGGUUCAACCCCAACUCAGCUAGAGGAAAGGCAACGGAUAAGCAGUGGUUGGAUGUUGUUGCACCCACCGGUCAAGAUGGAAUCGCUAGCAACCAGCUCUUCUCAACUACUGCUGGUCCUUUCUGUUACAUAUACCAGUAA